AUGUCUAAAAGGAAAUAUUCAACGCAUAGCGAAGACGAAAUUAUUGAUCUAACCAAUGAAAUUAAAAAAGAAAAAGAAACGGAACACUUGUUUUCAAAAACAUACUUGCCAAUUUACACUCAAAAUCCAAUUUCAUAUACAAAUCAAUAUAAAGAUGAACGUCCUCAAUCAUCAGAUGAUCCUCUUCCAUCUGAUCCUCCCACAUCCUUUUCUCCUGCUUACUGUGCACAUGAUAAUCCACCUCCUGUAUCACCAAAUCAACCUGGCUCGCGUGGUAAAAGACGUGCAUGGACAAAAGAAGAGGAUCAUGCUUUACUUGAUUCAAUAAUUGUUGAAUUAUCAGGCCAUUGGUCCUCAAUUUGUUCUCGAAAUGAACUACUAAUUCAACGUGGACCUAGCAUGGCGUCGCAAAGAUUUAAAAGCUCAAUUAAACAUAAACUGUUAGGCGGAGAAAAUUCCAAAAGACCACGAGUAAAAGAUGACGAAGAAUAA